AUGACAAGGACUUUAGAACUACUACAGGAGUUAACCAAUUUGAUCAGACUGGAGACAAAUGAUGGCUCUAUUGAUUCCGAAGUCUUUCAAAAUGACAAUGAACUACUAAACUGGGACCAAAUAUUACAGCAAUUAAUUGAUCUGAUGAAACAUGACUAUUUAUCAAGAAAAAACAUGAUGAUUCAACUCAAAGCCAAAGAGUUGAAUAUAAAGGAGUUGAAUAUCGAAGUGGCUAAUUUAAAGAAGUCUUUGAAAGAAUUUGGGCACUUAAAAUACCAUUUACAUAAACAGCUUGAGCUGAACGACAAAUUACAACAACAAGUGGAACAAUACAGGAAUGAAUUCAGAGAAUUGGAAUCCGAAAUAAAAGGGAUUAGGGGGAGUAUGCCAGAUAAGAACAUUCGUCGUUGA